AUGAGACUCGCGGCAGCUACCACCAUCCUCUUCACUGCGGUUGCACUAGCCAACCCCGCGCCCGUCGCCCAUCCAGAAGCAUUACCAGAGGUUCUCAGCGACGCACCCUCACUCGCACCUGAAGUCGACGCUCGUGCCGCCGGCCUCAUCCUGGAAGCCCGUGAACCGAAGAGCAAGACCGGCAGUGGCAGCAAGAACAAGAACACCACCGACAGCGCAGCAACUACGUUGACGUCAAACCGCAUGCUCGAGCUCGGUGCUCUCGGUUUGGGGGUUUUGCUCUGGGUCUGA